UUCUUUUGUGGCCCGGUUUAUUCAAGUUACAUGCGUCCAUCUACUUGGGGUUCUAGAGCUAAUACUAUUGUGACCUAUAGUAAANUAGUAAAGUAUGUUACCAUUGUGCCGCUAGAGCGAGAAAGUGGACUUUUAUCAACAUCAGUCGAUUUAGAGAGAGUUCAGUCUGAAUUUAUAUCAUGGUUGUCGAUUGGUGCUGUUGGAGAGCGAUUGCUAUGUUCUAUGGGCCGUUUUGUUCACAAGAUACAUUCUAAACAAACUAUGGUGAAAGUUUUGAGGAUCGUUACAUUGCUACUUGGUGGUCGUAUUGGAUUUCUUACUGGUGAAUUAUCUGGUUUUUUGAAAGACGUGCAUGACGUUCAGCCUACCUAUUUGUUUACCGUGCCUCGGGUCUUGUCUCGCGUGUUUUCCGCUGUUCAACAACGGACAUCUUCCUCCCGGAUUGCUGCAAAAUUGCUGGACACUGCAGUAUCAUCCAAGCUACGAGAACAAGAGCGUCAGAUGGGAAUUUGGGACUUGAUUUUCUUUCGUCGAGUCCGCAGUUUACUGGGCGGCCGCAUCCGUGCCAUCGUUUGUGGCGGUGCCCCGAUUUCAACAGACGUGCUUCGAUUCACACGCGCGGCAUUCUCCUAUAAACUUUCAUGUGUACCGGUACUUCCCGCCUACGGUAUGACGGAGUGCUGCGGCGGGAUUAGCAUCGGUUAUUUCGGUGAUUACAGCACCGGUCAUGUGGGUGCACUGUGUCCGGAAAUGACGGCUAAACUGGCUGACAUCCCCGAGAUGGGUAUAUUUGUCAGGCAUGAUGGAGUUGGUGAGCUAUUGGUCAAGGGUGCAAGCUGUACAAGUGGCUACUACAAAGAUCCGGAGCAAACGCGUGAGCUAAUCGACGCCGACGGUUGGUUGCACACGGGUGAUCUGGCCUCGUGGAAAUCAAAUGGUGCACUGGAAAUUGUCGGACGUAAAAAAGCCUCUUUCAAAUUGGCUCAGGGCGAAUACGUGUCCCCAGACAAGGUGGAAGCUAUCUACCAGUUGUGUCCCCUGGUGGAUCAAAUCUAUGUGGAUGGAAUAUCGGUGCACACUUUCGCUGUUGCCGUCCUCGUUCCGAAUUGGACUGAAUUGCCUGCGAGGAUCAGGGCACAACUGAGCUCAGAUCCGCAAGUUCGACAGUCGAUCUUGAAAGAGCUGAAUCGAAUCGGUCGUGCCAAUGGACUGAAGGGAUUCGAACUAGUGAGUGAUUCGUUUCCACAUCUUGCUCGGUUUACCAGCUUGGUUUCGAACGUAGUCCGGAAUUCAUGGUUUUCAUGUAGACCUCUGAGAAAAGCAAAAUAUUACUUAUCCGCAAAUCUGUGGAAGAGCGUAAGUAAGAUACAGAGAAAAGAAAUCAAGCGGUAUUUUAUGUGA